AUGAAUAUACACCAUGGGCAUUAAGAUUCUAUCCUCAACACUUCCUUGGCCAUCGUUGUAAUCAGUUAUCAUAGAACUAGAACCAACAUCACAACAAUUUUGACAUUCUGGUUGACGAUGAAUCAGAGCACAAGUUUUGGACCAAUAAAAGGAAAUAUCAAUUCAAAUGUCUGUUGAGAAGAAUGGUUCUAAUGGUCUACAAUUCUGGCCCUGUUUAUUUUAGUUACAUGAUUGUGAGUCUCUAUAUAUUUAAACUACUGCGUAAGGUGGAUACGGACAAGGCAUUUCGAUAAUAAUACAUGAAGUAAUCCAUAUCAAUCUAUAUUGCAAUCAAGGUAAUACGUCUAUGAUUACAUGCUUUGUAUAUGCAUAGCCUGUAUUUAUACGAUCUUUUUGUAUGGUCUGUUUAACCAUUCAGGUAAAUUCAAAUCCUCAAUAUUAAAGAAUUGUCGGAAGUGAAUCGUGAAUAUUUCCAUUGGGCAGUCAAUUGUGUGAUGUUUAUUAUGUUGUAUGCGAUAUUCAUUACUCAAAAGGAGUUGGUUAAAAUAGAGGAAGUGGAAAUAGAGAAAGCUGUAAGCAAGUCUUCAUAUUAUUGUCUAGCAAUAAAUUAGAACUCAGAAAGAUAAGGAGCAAAGAUACGUAUUUAAUUUCAACUUCUCCUUCCUAUUCAGCCAACAGAACUUCUACAACAUCGGCCUAGGCAGAGCCCACAUGGAUUUCAUCAAGGCUCAAGAUUCUCAAGACAAAGAUAAUCUCAACACUAUAUAACAAUUCUCAAAAUAGGUUGAUCACAUCAUUGACAAAGAAAAUCUAGAUCCAACCAUGAUUUACUUUAGCAUGUGUUCAGAUUUCAUUAACAGCGAAAUACAGGCAUCACCUAUGGUUAAGAGAAGAAAAUCGAAAUUGAUCAAGGAAGUCGAAAAAGCAAAGUCGGUUUUGGAUUACCUCCAGGAUUUGGGAUUCAAUGGGAAUCGUAGUGUUUUCUAGCAUUUUCUAUUGCCACACUAUAUCUACACCAGAAAGUACCUAAUUCCAGAUAGAAAUUUACAGAUAUUUGUUGUGAUAACCUUAAUCACACUCAAAGUCUUAAUACCGAUAUUCUUCUUAUUUUGGCCCAUUCAUCCUUACACUCUCAUCUAUUCAGUGAUAUUUAUGGGGUUCUAUAUGCAUUUUUUAUCCAUUAUAUUCUAAUUGGUGUUGAAUGAUGAUCUGAAAACUAGGAACUAUAUCUUGUAGGCUUUGAAUAGGAUAAUUACGAUAGAUAUGGACCAAGAAAAUGCUCUUCAUGAAUUGAUUGACAUCACUUGUUCACUCAGUCUUCAGAGUUGGAAUCUGAUGAGAACAGUAGUUAUCUACAUUGAAAAGAAGAAGAAAAUCGAGUAUAAUUAUGUUUAUGGAUUUCUGGCUCUUUAUGGGGCCAUAUGUUUUGGUGGAUUUACAUUGUGCAAUUUCGAAUUACCAUUUAUGCAAGCUAUAAACUAUUGUGAUGAUGAUGUUCUAUUGUAUAACAUUCAUGCAGACAUCGUGUUGUCAUUUAUAAUUUGUAUGGGCAGGAUCUACCAAGGCUCCAAUUUCAAUCAGACCUUCAGUGAGAUUGAUGCAGUAAACAAUCAUAAUUACAUUAGAACAUCCACAAACUCACUGCAAUAUAUGAAGACUUGUACACUUUGUUCGAUUACUACUUUAAGAACAAGAACAUAGUGGACAACAGAAUAUAUAGACAAGUGAUUGAGUUGAUUUACACCUAUUCAAAAAAGAGAAUGCAAACUCCAUUGCAAAGGAAUGUCAAGAGCAAGGUGGACAUUAUAGAAACUGAGGAGAUGGUGAUCAUGCGAGAGAAGGUAUCUGAAAUGAAAGGUUGUUUGGAAAAGAUAUAGAGCAAUGUGGAAAGAGAUGUUAAGAAAUGUCACGAUAAAUUCAUAGGCAUUUUUGAUGCCAAUUUCAAAAAACAAAUGAGAAUCAUGAUUUUUGUUAUAAUUACAUUUGUACCUUCCUUAUCAACCAAGUAACAUUAUACUUAUUUCUAAUAGAGUGUACAAAUAUCUUAGUUAGAUGAUGUGA